CUCAGAAUAUUUUCUAAGUAAAGAGAGAAAAGAAUGUGUUUACAAAUAAAGCUACCUAUAAUUGAAAAAUGGUAACUCUCAAAAAUAGGUUGAGUUUCUUUGUAAUUUUGUGCACACUAGUUUUUAGCAUUGAGGCUAAUAUUGGAGAGUUUGAUGAGGUGUGGAGGACUCGAGCCAUCCAAGCAAAUAAAAAUGCUAAAGAAUCCUAUAAUCCUCAUCCUGAAAAAGUUGCAGAUAAUUUGAACAAACAUGUUCACAGGUCGGAAGAAGGUAGCAAUAGCACAAGAAGGGACUUGCACAAGUACAAUGGUCCAUGUGUGGCUACUAACCCUAUUGAUCGUUGCUGGAGAUGUGACCCACAUUGGGCUAAAAAUCGCCAGAAGCUAGCAGAUUGUGUUCUUGGAUUUGGCCACCAUACGACUGGUGGUAAAGGUGGCAAAAUCUACAUAGUAACUGACCCUGGGGACAACGAUAUGGUGAAUCCUAAGCCAGGGACACUGCGCCAUGCAGUCAUUCAGCCAGGGCCACUAUGGAUCAUAUUUGCACAUCACAUGGUCAUUAAGCUUAACCAAGAACUUAUCAUGACAGGCGACAAGACAAUUGAUGCCAGAGGACAACAAGUGCAUAUUACUGGCGGUGCUAGUUUGAUGUUACAGUACAUAAACAAUGUGAUUAUUCAUGGUCUUCAUAUCCAUGAUAUAAAGUCUGGUAGUGGUGGACUAAUUAGAGACUCGAUCAAUCAUUAUGGUUUUCGAACAAGAAGUGAUGGUGAUGGUAUUUCAAUCUUUGGAUCAACAAACAUUUGGAUUGAUCAUGUUUCCAUGUCUAAUUGUGAUGAUGGACUCAUUGAUGCUGUGCAGGCUUCAACUGCUAUUACCAUUUCCAACUGCCAUUUCACCCACCAUAAUGACGUUAUGUUGUUUGGGGCAAGUGACAGCUACAAACAGGACGCAAUCCUACAAAUAACACUUGCUUUUAAUCACUUUGGCCAAGGGCUGAUCCAGAGGAUGCCAAGAGUGAGAUGGGGAUUUGUUCAUGCUGUCAACAAUGACUAUACUCACUGGAUAAUGUAUGCCAUUGGUGGAAGUCAACACCCUACCAUCCUCAGCCAGGGCAACCGUUUCAUCGCCCCGCCUAACCCUAACGCUAAAGAGGUGACCAAAAGGGAUUAUUCACCUGAGAGUGUGUGGAAGAAUUGGGUGUGGAGAUCACAGGGAGAUCUGAUGAUGAACGGAGCCUUCUUCGUGGAAUCUGGAAAUCGCAAUCAUAAAUUCAUGACGGGUCCUGAUAUGAUCCACCCCAGGGCAGGAUCAGACGCGGGCAGGCUAACAAGAUUUUCAGGCUCUUUGAACUGCAUUGAGGGGAAGCCUUGUUAGAGCUUGUCUGCACCAAGUUACGAAUAGAAAUAGGACUUGAAACUAUAGAAAGUCAGUUUGCUCCCUUUCUCCUCUCACAUGCAAUGCUGGUAAGUAGAAGGGGAGAAUGAGCGUGAGCUAAGAUGGAAAAACUUAUAGGUUUUUGUUGCUCUGUGCUUCUGUAAAUUCUUGACACAAUGUCCUUUUUCCUUCUAUCAAUGUAAAAAAGUGACAAAUCAAAUAAAACUGCAAUGUGAAUUGAUAUAGCUAUUUUUCAUGA